GAAGAAUUCUCUGAUCCCAAGACAACAUGCUGCUUCUGUAGGACGUGCUACUCUCUCGGGUGUGUACGCUUGGUUUUUAUGAAGCUGGUUUGUAACGUCGCUGCCGCAUUAGUCAAAUCCAGAGGAUUUCACAGUUCAGCCUUUGCUCGUUGGCUCGGAACAGAGAUGUGCAAAGAGCUCAAGACUAAAGUGCUGCGUUUGUUACCGCCGACUUCCAACGGACCGACGCUUCUGGACGAGACAGAUGGUGCUGAAAUCCUGAGAUGCACAGUAAAGGCUCUGAAAGAGAGUCACAUUGUUGCGGUGCCCACGGACACCAUUUACGGCCUGGCAUGUCUAGCCCAAAACUCCGAAGCCAUCAGAAAAACGUAUGACACAAAAGGGCGAAAUGGACAGAAGCCGCUGGCCAUCUGUGUAGGGGAAAUUCAGGAUAUCUAUAAGUACUGUAAGGUGAAGGUGAAGAGAGAGUUAUUAUGUGACCUGCUGCCCGGUCCCGUCACUCUGGUGUUUGAAAGGUCUGAAGAACUGAACACGGAUCUGAACCCCUUUACCUCGCUUGUAGGUGUACGUAUCCCAGAUCAUCCCUUUAUGAGGCAACUUUGUCAGAUGUGUGGGGAGCCACUUGCACUCACCAGCGCCAACAUCAGCUCACAGACCAGCACGGUGGAAGUCCAUGAGUUUCAGGAGCUCUGGCCCAAACUAGCUGUGGUUGUGGAUGGUGGACCGAUAGGAGGCCAGAGCCGCCUCGGAUCAACAGUAGUCGACCUGUCAAUCCCUGGCAAAUACAGCAUCAUCAGACCUGGCUGCGCCCUUUCUCCUACGGUUGAUGUGCUGGAGCACAAAUAUGGACUGUCAGAGCACUCAGGGGAGAAAUGACCUUUGAACUCUCCACACUCCAAAAAAACCCAAAACAAAACGCACAGCCAGCUUUGACCCGAAGCUGUUUGGGAGAAGACGAAUCCAGUGAAUCUGCCUUUGAUUGGGAAGACAGGAACUCAGGAAGAUUUAAACUGCUGAUGGAUGAUUUUGUACCAGUGGCUGCUUUAAAGUCUUGGGUACCUUUUUUUUUCCUUGAUGACCAUAUUUUGUGUUUUCCUGUGUUUCUGCCAUAUGAUUACUUGGGAGCUUAAGCUGCCUUGUCAUUUAUUCAGAAAUAGGUCAGCUAACCAUAUAGUAUAUAGUAACCUUUUAAGUAAUGAUUAAAAAGAAUGGUUUGAUCAAAUCUCUUGUAGUAAGUGCUUUUUUUUAUGGUCUGAUUGAAUCUGUGCCAUAACAUAAAUCAACUUUUUAUCUGAGUUGUAAACUUUUUAAUUUUUUAUUAUUAAAUCCAUACAUUUAUUAUUUCAUGUCAGUGUGAAGAUUGCUCUGCAAUUGUUAGCAUCUGCACGUGCAAUAAAUCCUGUGUCACAUUGUAGACUCGACUGUAAAUACUGGAACAUUUCAGCAGUUUUGGUUGGCACAUGGAUAUAAUUAGUAAGAUUCAUCAUUUGAAUGUUAAUAACUGGAAUGCAUAAUUAAAUCUUCUGUGCCUAAUUAGAGCUUGAUUAAUGGGUGG